AUGUCCCUAGCCCAGAAGCAGAAGCAGACUCCCGAUCAAGGCCCAGAUCAGCUCCCCGAUCAAGUUCCUGAUUUUAAUGCGGAACCGCAAAGCGCGGAUGCUGAUGCGAAUGGGCCCAGCUAUCAGACUCCAUCAUCCAUGAGUGGCCAUGAUACCCGAUCGCCUCACGAUACGGGCACGUUGGUCGUUAACGAUGAGGGUACCAGUUAUUUUGAGAGCGCAAAUUGGCGUGCCAUCCUGAAAGAGAUUAAUGGCGUCAAAGACUAUAUUGAUGGCUAUGGCAAUGAAGAAACGGACGAUGAGGGGACAGAGGAAGACCCGGAGGAAGAUUCCUCCCCAACUUUGCUACUUGGAAUGAGUAGACCUAUCACCAAAGAGGAACUGCUCCUCGAUAUACCGUCUCGUGAGAUUGCAGACCGACUAGUAUCUCGUUUCUUGAAAACAUCAGAGCCUUCACUCAUCGCCGUUCAUAUACCGACAUUCCGAAAGGAAUAUGCACAGUUCUGGGAAUCCCCGCAAGACAUGUCCUUCACGUGGAUAUCCUUUCUUUACGCCAUCCUGACCCUCUCGGUGUCUCAUUAUCAUCGCAGCGAAGAGCCUCUGCCUGUGAACAUGGUAAACCCGUCAACGGCUUGGAAUGUCUUUCGAAAACGAGCCGCUCAGGGCCUUGUGCAAGCAAACUACCUCGCCCCAGGGAGAGACAAGGUCGAGGCUCUCUUCUUCUACAGUCUUUCUGAAUUCUACCGCAGUCAGGACGCGCAGAUUGGCGUUUCCAAUCUUUUCGGAAUCCUAAUUCGCCUGGCCAUGCGCAUGGGAUACCAUAGGGACCCUAGCCAUUACCCUAGCAUCUCCGCUUUUGAUGGCGAGAUGCGACGACGCCUAUGGGAACUCAUAUGCCAACUUGAUAUCCUCAUCUCAUUUCAGGUCGGACUGCCACGGACCAUUCAGCCUUGGCAAUAUGAUACAGCACUGCCUUCCAAUAUCCAUGACAUCGACUUUGAUAAAAACAGCGUUCAGUUGCCACCUCCAAGGCCCAGUACUGAAUGGACGGUAUGUGGGUAUACAAGAGGCAAAUCUCGCAUCAUGAAGUGCUUUGGACAAAUCACCGAUUUGGCAUAUUCACGGGAACAAGUAUCAUACGAGGAAAUCUUGGCCAUUGAUCGUCGGCUCGAGGAGGCUUAUGAUUUACUGCCACCAUACCUUCAAUACCAGCCGAUUGACCAAUGUUUUGCAGAGACGACGGAGCUUAUCAUGAAAAGAUAUACCCUAGCGUUACUCUAUCAAAAGGCUCGGGUAGUGAUGCAUCGCCGGUAUAUGGCCGAGACUAACAGCAAGUACACGUACUCGCGCCAAACUUGUUUGAACGCGGCCCGCGAGACAUUGCGACACCAUUCCGAUGUAUACCAGGAGUCAUUACCAGGUGGUCAGCUCUAUGCGGAGCGAUUCUUCAUGAAUUCCCUCCAAAAUACAGACUUCAUGCUUUCGGCCAUGAUUCUUUGCCUGGAGCUUUCGCAAGAGAAUGAGCGUGACACCACCCGCAUCGAACCACAAGAACGCGAUGACCUCCUGCGUCUCUUAGAGGCUACAUAUCAUAUCUUCAAGAAAGGCCGCCACCGGUCUAUUGAUACACAGCGAGGGUACACCGCGUUGAGAAUCAUGCUUGGUCGAGUUCGAGGUAGCAGCCCUAUUCAGAGCGGCAGCUCGGUCUCAAAUGAACAGAGCAUGAAAAUUGAUGAUAAAUUGGCAUUCCAACCAGUACCUGCUUCAAUCGAUCAGCAGCAGUACGAGACGUAUACCACCAGCAACGAUGAAUUAAAUGGAGACCUGCAGACUGCAGCCUAUGGCUCCAGUGAAGCACCAUCACUCUCGUCACUUGGCCUGAUUGAAGAUAUGCUUAACACGCCUGGGCAAAUGGACUGGCGCUUGUAUGACAGUAGGAUAUCUGGCUUUGGGCCAUCUGAUCAGGAUAUGCUCUGGGUUCCGGAUAUCACAGUGCCUCCGACUUUAGAUGAAUUUCUUUCAUAUCCGUCCGAGACUUAA